AAAGACGUUCAUUCUUCAAAGAAAGAAAAUGAACAAACCGAGCAUGUUGAUAUAAAAAAUAAUAUCAACGAACAAUUUGUUUCAAAUGAGGAUUUAACAACCUCUGAAGAUGCGAAUAAUUUAGAUGAAGAUAGAAACUACAUAAAAUUAGAAUGGGUUACUAAACUAUGCACAUUUAUAAAGUACCCAUCAUUAAUUGAAAAAUGAACAUUCAAGGGGGAGUGUUAUGAAAUUAAUGAUUGUUCAUUUAUUCAAUUAAUCAGACCUACUUUCUAGAAUAGUAGAUUAAGACACUAAUUGAUGAACACUAAUUAUGUACAGUACUUCCCACUUGUAUUUGUAUUCAUACCAAGCCUCUCCACUAUAAAUAGAGGCCUAAUCCCUGCAUUGUAAUUACCGUUAAGAAUAAGAAUAAGAGUGAAGAGUUAAUAGAGAGAAAUCAGAAAUAAUUACCACUGCAAUAUUCGAUCUAUAAUCGGCUCUUGUUCAAAGCUAAAGAGUAAAGACGAAACUGGAGAGAAUUCUGAGAUCAAUUCAGAGAAGCCUACUGCGGAGAGGAGAGGAGGGCAUCACUUGAGGGAGUGAGCGAGAGAGAUUACCGAGCUGAUUCCGGAGCCAAGGAGAUGAAAGAAGUAAACACCAGCCAUGGCGGAUCGCCGCCGCCUGAGGAGAGGAAGAAGAAGGAGGCGUUGGGAUGGGUGGAAUGGCUGCGGGGGUGGCUGUGCCUGGCAUAUGAGAUGCUCUUCCAGAGGAUAGCCGCGAGCCACUUGCAGAAUCCUCUGCCUCUCCCUCCCGUCAAUGGCCUUACCUGCAUCGUCACCGGCUCCACUAGCGGCAUCGGCAGAGAAACCGCCAGACAGUUGGCACAAUCAGGGGCUCACGUGGUUAUGGCAGUCAGAAAUACAAUUGCUGCAAAUGACUUGAUAAAGGAGUGGCAGGAGGGUUGGUCUGGAAAGGGCCUUCCUCUAAAUAUUGAGGCCAUGGAACUUGAUCUUCUCUCAUUGGAUUCUGUUGUGAGAUUUGCUGAUGCAUGGAAUGCACGUGCAGGACCAUUACACGUUCUCAUUAACAAUGCAGGGAUAUUUGCUAUUGGGGAACCACAGAGGUUUUCAAAGAAUGGUUAUGAGGAGCACAUGCAGGUGAAUCAUCUUGCUCCAGCAUUGCUUUCUGUAUUGCUCUUACCAUCUCUUAUCAGAGGUUCUCCAAGCAGAAUUGUCAAUGUGAACUCCAUAAUGCAUUAUAUUGGAUUUGUUGAUGCCGAUGAUAUGAAUGUUGUGUCUGGGAAGAGAAAUUACACAAGUGUAGUGGGAUACUCAGGCAGUAAACUUGCACAGGUUAUGUUUAGCAGCGUACUUCAUAAGAGAUUGCCAGCUGAAGCUGGCGUAGAUAUAAUAUGUGUCUCUCCUGGGAUCGUUCAAACCAAUGUUGCAAGGGAUCUUCCUAAGAUCAUUCAAGCAGCAUAUCGUUUGAUACCCUAUUUUAUUUUCAAUGCCGAGGAAGGUUCUAGAAGUUCACUUUUUGCUGCCACUGAUCCUCAAGUCUCCGAAUACUGCGAGAUGCUGAGAGCAGAAGAGUGGCCAGUGGGUGCAUUCCUUUCCCACGACUGUCGCCCAACUAAUCCAUCCGAAGAAUCGCACAAUCUCGAGACGUGCUCCAAAGUGUGGGAGAAGACAUUGGAACUGGUUGGCCUUCCUCCAGAUGCAGUCGAGAGGCUCAUCGGGGGGGACGAGGUUGAGUGCAAAUAUGGAAAAUCAGAAGAUUAGGUCUGGUAUGUCUUCUUCACCUUGAGGGUUUGUUAAAGAAAAGAGAAAGGAACAGAUAGCCCUUGUGCACAUGGAUGAAACUUGCAUGAUAUAUAUAUCAAUCUAUAAAAGCUCUUUUUAGGUUGUUUUUUUCCCUAAAUCGAAAAAAGCUCUUUAACUCUUUUUUUUGAACUAUUACUGAUAUAGACGUUGGGAAAAUGAUGAAAAAGUUAAACUUCACGGGCUUCGCUUUUGAGCUGAAACAAUUUGAGUGGAUAAGUAUACUUUGGUUAUUUUGACACUGGGGCAGUGUCAUUCU